AUUUUGGUUUGCUUCUAGAUCUCACUGAGGGCGUAACAAUAACAUCAACUGAACAGACGAUGGUAACAAAGGCUCUAGGAGAGAAGGUUACUUUGCUCUGCCAGUAUACUCUUGCAGCAGGAGAUGAAGGACUACUUGACAUUGAAUGGGUUGUCUUGGAGCCAAAAAAGGAGCAACCAGUAAUUAUGUACAGUCAGGACACGGUUUAUGACAAGUAUCAUAUGGCUGGCCGGGUACAGUUUGUUAAUCAGAACCCAGCUGAUGGAGAUGCGAGUAUUGAUAUCCUGAACUUACAGCCGGCCGAUAGUGGCACGUACCAGUGUAAAGUGAAGAAGGCUCCUGAUAUGCAGACCCAUAGAGUUCAGCUGAUUGUACUUGAAAAACCUCAAAAGACCAAAUGCUAUGUUGAAGGAUCGCAGGAGAUUGGAACUGAUGUUACUCUGAAGUGUAAAUCCCAAGGAGGCACUCCCCUUAUAAGCUACCACUGGGGGAAGAUGGGUAAAGAAGGACUUCCGGACAGAUCAUCACUGAAUUCAGAUACAGGUGAUCUUUUGAUUAAAAAUGCAUCUCGGGCUUCCUCUGGCACAUACAAAUGUGUAGCUUCCAACAGAGUUGGUGCAGAUGAGUGUUCUCUUGUGCUGAAUGUCACCCCUCCGGUGAAUAGAGCUGGAACCAUUGCUGGAGCUGUAAUAGGGACUCUUUUAGGUCUCUGUUUACUAGCUUUUAUAAUCUUCUGUUGCUGCAAGAAACAAAGAGAGAAGAAAUACGAAAAAGAAGUGCAUCAUGAUAUAAGAGAGGAUGUUCCUCCUCCGAAGAGUCGUGGUUCAACAGCCCGAAGCUAUAUAGGGAGUAAUCGCUCUUCUUUGGGUUCAAUGUCUCCUUCCAAUAUGGAUGGAUAUGCCAAGACUCAAUACAACAAAGUACCAAGUGAAGACUUUGAGCGUACUUCUCCUCAGAAUCCAAAUUUUCAACCACCAAAGUAUGGCGACGCGUGCAGGAUGGGUGACAUAACAGUGGUAUAAACUUGAAGAAACAACUUGUUUGUCAUGAAUUUCAAGUUACGGAACAAAUGAAGUACUCUGUAUUUUGUCAUAACUUUUAGAAUCUACAGACAAGAUGGUAAUGUAGACUAAAUUUAUAUUGCAGGUAGCAUUUUGCCUGCUGAAUGUUUACAACAUGUUUUGCUUUAAAGAUUUCUUCCAUUGUAAUAGUCCUAGACAUGAAUAUGUGGGGAAAUACUAUGAAGGUUAACACUGGAUCUGCGGUCAAAUUCAAAAGAUCAACCCAGAUAACAAUGUAGCUCAUAAUUUUUGUGGUUAAUUAAUUCAAUCUAUUUGCUUAGAUUUGUAUGAAAUUACACUUAGCAAUGAAUUAGUAUGUUUGAAGCAACAUGUGCCUUCCAUACUGUAUAUUUUGGUGCUGCCUUUUUUAAUCUUCUGAUUUUUUAAAACAUCAACACACCUUUUUUAAAUACUUGUGCUUUGUAACACUUAAUAAAAUUUUGUAUGAUGAUACCUUA